AUGAUAUUGCUAUCGGCAGCAACUUGUUACGGACAGGGACUUUACAACUCGAGAGAAGGCUCUCACAGUAGCCUCGAAGGCGGAUUUUACAACUCGAGAGCAGCCUCUUACAGUAGCCCCGAAGGCUUAGGAACUGCAUACAUCGGGCUGGUGAAUUGCGAGGAAUGGAGGCCAAUGCGCAGGGCGUUUGGAACAGUGUUCGACAUUACAAAUCCACCCAUGGGAUCUCUUCGCGCUAGAGUUCACUAUGCCAACCAGGAUCAAGUCAAGACAUCACAUUUAAUCUUCCCCAUCCCUAAGGAUUGGAAGGUUGGAGUUGCAUAUGACACUACAUCUCAACAUAAUUAA